AGCGUCUCUCCGGAGCGGAGCAGAGCGCAGCGCAGCGCCCGGUGGCGCGGAUCCAUCCUCCGGUUCACGACCCAACAUCUGGUUAGUGGUUCUGACAAUGGCCUCUUUUCCUUCGUUAUUCCCCUCUUGAGGACUGCGGGAUGUUUUGAGCUGCGGUGGAAGCCCGUCCGGUGUAAACCAGAGGAGGGAUGCUGCUUCAUGGACGGCUGGAUUCUGCGUCUGGAGGGAAAUUUAUGGCUAAAAAAUUAAGACGUCAUCCCUCCUGCCUCUGCCGUGAGUAGCAUCCAGCACAGAGGGCCGCCACGUGCCAAACGACGUCAAACAAACUCAGAUUAUGAUGUCAGCGCACCGCUGACGUGAGGUCACGGAGCGAAUGUUGCAGCGACAGUUCAUCCGAUGAUUGAGACCAGCGCUGCCACCAUGCCGGACCGAGCUGAGUCGGCACUCUGCACCGUGUGCUGCUGUACGCUGGCCAACAAAAUCCUCAUGGUGCUCUUCAUGGUGCUGCUCAUCGUCGCCAUCUUGUUUGGGAACUUGGUGACUCUGGCUGUGAUUCUUGGGACUAAACACUUCCACACGCCGCAGGGCUACCUGAAGGCAUCCCUCGCUGUGGCCGAUCUGGCUGUGGGGAUAUUUGUGGUGCCGCUGUCCGUCUACGCUGAGGUCUAUCUCAUGGUGACCGACUCACCACCAGACUGGACUUCAUACAACUCACAGUUGGUGACUUUCCACCCGUGCAACAUAAUCGGCCCCAUCUUUGCCGGGUGCACUUUGGUCUCCAUCACGACCAUUUUCCUGCUGACCAUCGAGAGGAGCAUCGCUGUGUUGAGGCCACUGCACAAGGACUCUGUGAUUACACGGAAAAGGACCACGAUCCUCAUCGUCCUCUCCUGGGUGGGGAGUUUCUUCUUGGCCGUUUCUCCGAUGGUUUUCAGCCGUGAGAUCGCUCUGGAGUACAACUCCUGCAGCCGGAUGUGUAAUUACGCUCUGGGGACCAUAGGCGAGUUCCCCAGCCAGGCCUGGAACAUCCUCCUGCUCUUCCCAGCGUUUGACUUCACGCUCCUGGGGGGGACCGUGGUCAUCAACAUCAUCUCUCUGUCCAGCAUCAGGCAGCACUCGAGGCGCAGGAAACACCUGGCUGAGACCGAGUGCCAAAGCACCACCAAACCUACCUUCUCUGACAUCAAAGCAGCCAAAACAAUCGGGGCGCUGACUGUGGCUUUCACCGCAUCCUUCACCCCCAUCGCUGUCUUCGUGGUUGGGAACGUUUUGGGUAAUAAAUGGUGCAACUUUUCCUUUUUUGCCUUCUGGAUUUUGGCCACCAACAGUUGCUGGAACGUCAUAAUUUACAGUGUGAGAGAUCAGAAGUUCAGACUUCGUGCACACAAGAUUCUCAAGCCUUUUCAGAGGGAAAACACGAGCAAAUCCUAAAGAAUUCAGGGACCGAAGGCCCAACCUGAGCAGGACUGUGUCCUUUAGUUUGCUUGUCACACAAACUCUUUGGUCAGCACAUUGUGGGUCUCGAUAAGAGACGCGUCUGCAUGAUCUGUGAAUUGCUGUUGUGAAACUGUAAUUUUUUUUUACACUAAUAAGCAUGGGAAGUUCUCCGGCCUGAAAAGUUUGAUAUUAAAUGUCCGUCGUGGUGGGCGUUUGUCUUGUCGAGUGUAACGUUACAGGAGCCUGUUUCAGUCUGUGGAGUGCUUGUUUUACCUGAGUGUGAUCAAUUAAAACAUGACUCAAACAAAGUCUGUUGUCUGAUUCUGCAGUGGGCCUUUCCAUCUCUGUGGACCAUGAGUCAGCGUUAUCAAUGAGACACGUUACGCUCUCCACUCCUUCAUAUCGUAUCAGUGGUCGGAACACAACAUUAGCACUGUUAGCUCUGGACACGUUAGCUCUGUACAUUUCAUAUGUCGCACCAACGUU